GAUGUGUUCAGCCACACGUGGGAGCAGACAGUAAACAAGGUGGUGGUGGUGGUGGAGGCGGCGUCCGUCUUCUGGUCUCCGAGGCUUUCCUUGCUACCACAGCAACCUAAAGAUGUUCGGAAGGGGUGGACGUGGAGGUGGAGGUUUUGGAAGAGGUGGUGGGGGCAGAGGCGGUGGUGGUGGGUUUGGCAGAGGUCGAGGAGGUGGUGGUGGUGGUUUUCGUGGUGGUGGUGGCGGCGGUGGCUUUGGAGGUGGGCGUGGCUUUGAUAAUGGACCUUCUGGGGAAGUGUUGGAAUUUGGUUACUUUAUGCAUACCGCUCAAGAGGACCUUGUGUGUAAAGUAACCCAUAAAGAUGUUCCAUACUUCAAUGCACCAAUAUAUCUAGAAAAUCAAGAACAGGUUGGGAAGGUAGAUGAAAUAUUUGGGACGCCUUAUGACAAGUUUGUAUCUGUUAAGCUUGGCGAGAACAUCAAAGCUUCAUCAUUUAAGGAAAAUUCAAAGAUAUAUAUAGAUUCUACAAAAUUACUGCCCCUCUACAUAUUUUUGCCUGGUAAUAAAUCAAGCAGAGGAGGAGGACGUGGUAGGGGAGGUAGAGGUGGUGGUGGUCGAGGAGGACGUGGAGGAGGCCGAGGUGGUGGUUUCAGCCGUGGUGGUGGAGGAGGAUUUGGCAGAGGUGGAGGAGGAGGAUUUGGCAGAGGCGGUGGAGGAGGAUUUGGCAGAGGCGGUGGAGGAGGAGGAUUUGGCAGAGGGGGAGGUGGAGGAUUUGGUAGGGGUGGUGGUGGGGGAUUUAAAAGGUAUUAAUACAUGAAAAAUUUAUUUUAUUAUAUAAUGUACUUUCUGCAUUGCAUCGGAAUAGUGAGGUAAAUAGCUUUGGAUAGCUAUAUGCAAUAAUAUACAGUUGUAAAUUGUGUAUUUUGAACAAUACACUGCAUGUGAAAAUUCUGAAUAUACAGGGGUAUAACAUUUUUAAAAUAUGAUAAUAUUUAUGUCUUGACAUGAAUGUUUUGUAUAGAAAAUAUUAAGAUGUUCCAUCUUA